AUGGCGCUCUCAAAAUGUUCGCUCAAUCACGUUGCUUUAUCGGUACCAUCAGUCGAGGCCGCGGCAGAGUGGUACCAGGUCGUUUUCGGCUUCAGAAGGCUGAGGGAUGAUGUUCUGUUCAGCAGGAUCACAGACCCAGACAAGGUCAUAUUCAAGAAUAAGUUCAAUGCUGACAUUACAGUGAUUGUCACAACUGAUUCGGACUCAAACACUGUGAAAGUGGCCUACCUAGUGACAGAGGAUGACACAGGCUUCGAACUUUUCGAAUUCAUCGACCCGCCAUACCGCAGGCUAGUGCCAGUCUCUGAGAGGGAUCCUUCGGCGUUCACGCCGGAGAUGUAUUGCAGAGGAGGUUUCUUUCACAUCGCUAUCACGGUAGAAGACGUGGGUGCCACAUGCGAGAUUGUCAUUUCGAAUGGGGGAACUCAAAUCGGCAAAACCAUCAAAAUGGGUUCUGAUAGAGCGUUGUAUCUGAAGGACCCAUGGGGGAAUGUAAUAGAACUCCUCACAAGAAAUUUUGUCGAUGUUGUGAGAGGUAAUCAGUAG